UGAUGAAGUAAAUGUUCCUGCUGUCGGCUGUAAACUCCACCUUUAAACACAGAUUUAAUCUGUUUAUGAACUCAUGAAUGAUAGAUUAACACCAGUCACUGACUCUGUUCACGUUAAACUUCACAUCAACACUGUUUACUGAGAUAAAACUGAAAACAGCUGAGACACCUGAACACAACAUUAAAAGAAACAACAGAGAGAGAAUAACAUGAUUCUUUCAUCACGGGUUUUACGGCGUUUGUUUUCAGAUUUUAUUCUGAAAGAGUCCCGGGUCACGUGGUCCACGGUGUGUGACUUGACGGCAGGUUAGAGGAGAGGAGGGAUGAAUCAUCAGGAGGAGACAGACUGAUGAGACAGUCAGAGGACAUCUGAUCUGAUCUGAGACCAGCUGCUGUCAAACAUCUGCACACACAGCAGGGGGUCCCUGAACGCACCGCGGCCCCCUCACCCUGCCGUCAUUCUCUUCGUUUCUCGGUCUUUUCUGGCGGUUAGAGGUGUGAAUGAUGCCGGACCAGAUCUCAGUGAGUGAGUUCCUGUGGGAGACCACCGAGGACUACAACUCCCCCACCACGUCCAGCUUCACCACCCGGUUGCAGAGCUGCAGGAACACCGUCAGCAUCCUGGAGGAGGUUCUGGAUCAGGACCGCUCAGCUCUGCAGAAGGUGAAGAAGUCGGUUAAAUCCAUCUACAGCUCAGGACAAGAGCAUGCUGGGAACCAGGAGAGCUUCAGUCAGGCUCUGGAGAGACUGGGAGGAAACAACUCUGAACUGGGAGCAGCCUUCGUUAAGUUCUCCUGCCUCGUUAAAGAACUCGCAGCUCUGCUCAAGAACCUGCUGCAGAGUUUGAGUCAUAACAUCGUCUUCACUCUGGAUUCUCUGUUGAAAGGAGAUCUGAAGGGAGUUAAAGGGGAUCUGAAGAAACCGUUUGAUAAAGCCUGGAAGGACUACGAGACCAAGUUCACAAAGAUCGAGAAGGAGAAGAGAGAACACGCCAAACAGCACGGGAUGAUCCGGACUGAGAUCACAGGAGCAGAGAUCGCAGAGGAGAUGGAGAAGGAGCGGAGGCUGUUCCAGCUGCAGAUGUGUGAGUAUCUGAUCAAAGUCAACGAAAUUAAAACCAAGAAGGGAGUGGACCUUCUGCAGAACCUCAUCAAGUAUUACCACGCCCAGUGCAAUUUUUUUCAGGACGGUUUGAAAACAGCUGACAAGCUGAAGCAGUACAUUGAGAAACUGGCUGCUGAUCUGUACAACAUUAAACAGAGUCAGGAUGAGGAGAAGAAACAGCUGACAGCUCUCAGAGACCUCAUCAAGAGCUCCUUACAGCUGGAGGACUCUCAGAGUAAACAGAGUGGGUACAGUAUGCAUCAGCUGCAGGGAAACAAGGAGUUUGGGAGUGAGAAGAAAGGAUACCUGCUGAAGAAGAGUGACGGGCUGAGAAAGGUUUGGCAGCGCAGGAAAUGUUCAGUGAAGAGUGGUGUCCUCACCAUCUCUCAUGCAACAUCCAACAGACAGCCAGUCAGACUGAACCUGCUCACCUGUCAGGUGAAACCCAGCACAGAGGAGAAGAAAUGCUUCGACCUCAUCUCCCACAAUCGGACGUAUCACUUCCAAGCUGAAGACGAGCAGGAGUUCAUCAGCUGGGUGUCAGUGCUGACCAACAGUAAGGAGGAGGCCCUGAACAUGGCAUUUCAGGGCAGAGGUCAGAGUUCAGGUGUGGAGGAGGAGGAGGAGCUCACCAAGAGCAUCAUCGACGAGGUGCUGCGGUCGCCAGGCAACGACACCUGCUGUGACUGUGGAGCUACAGAUCCUCGCUGGCUCUCCACAAACCUGGGUGUUCUGACCUGUAUCGAGUGUUCGGGGAUCCACAGGGAGAUGGGGGUCCACGUGUCCAGGAUCCAGAGUCUGGAACUGGACAAACUGGGAACGUCUGAGCUGCUGGUUGCUAGGAAUGUUGGGAACAGUAGUUUUAAUGAGAUCAUGGAGGCCAGUCUGCCGUCUCCGUGUGUGAAGCCGACGCCUUCCAGUGACAUGACAGCCAGGAAGGAGUUCAUCAACACCAAGUACAUCGACCGCAAGUUUGUCAGACGCACCGUCUCCACAGCAACCAGCGGGCUGGAUGAGCUGUACGAGGCCGUGCGGUCCAGAGACCUGCUGUCAAUCAUCCAGCUGUACGCCGAGGGGGUGGAGCUGCUGCAGCCCCUCCCUGAGCCGGGACAGGAGGGAGGAGAGACUGCGUUACAUUACUGUGUCCGGACAGCUGAUCACUCAUCCCUACACCUGGUCGACUUCCUGGUCCAGAACAGCGGUUACCUGGACGGACAGACAGAUGGAGGGAACACAGCUCUGCACUGCUGCUGUCUGUACAACAAACCACAGUGUGUGAAGCUGCUGCUGAGAGGAAAACUAGACCUCCACAUGACCAAUCAGAGUGGAGAGACGGCUCUGGACAUCGCCCGCAGACUGAAGCUCUCCCUGUGCGAAGAACCGCUGGUGGAGUCGUUGUCCGGCAGGUUCAACCCUCAUGUCCAUGUGGACUACGACUGGAACCUCCGAAUGGACGAACUGGACGAGAGUGACGACGAGCUGGACGACAAGCCCAGUCCGGUGAAGAAGGAGCGUUCUCUCCGUCCUCAGAGUUUCUGUCCGUCCUCCAUCGUCUCCUCUCAGGAGAAACUCUCUCUGCCGGCCUCCUUCGUUCCCCCUCAUCGGGAUAAGCAGCGUCUCUCCUACGGAGCAUUUGCUAACCCCGUCUAUAGCACCUCUUCUGACGCUCCUCCUUCUCCUGGACCCGACAUGUCAGGACCUUCACCGGCCGCUAGGAGCCAGGGGAAAGGUCCAGUCGCUGGCGGCCCGCCCACCUCCCUCCCCCUCACCUCCCAGACCAGUGGAGGAGGAGGGAGCUCCACCCUGAAGAAAAGGCCCCCUCCACCUCCUCCUGGGCACAAGCGCACCUUGUCUGACCCCCCCAGUCCCGUCCUGCAGGGACCCACAGGUAAAGGAAGUGAGACGACCGCCCAACCUGGAAACAGGACGUCACCUGCCAACAGGUUUGAGGGACUCCAGCAGCAGCAGAGUACCACCUCCAGCAACACCAAGUCCACACUGGGACCCCGAGUUCUGCCCAAACUACCUCAGAAAGUGGCUCUAAGAAAGAUUGACACGAUCCACCUCCCAUCUCUGGACAAGCCCAGUCAGCCUCCAGACCUGCUCCACAAACCUCCCCUUUCCUCCCCCUCCCCCUCCCUCUCUUCCCAGCCUAACCCCCAGAAGUCUCCUCCCUUCAUCGAUGCCUCCCCUAAACCUUCCCUCACCCCGGUGGACUCCGCCCUCAGAACCCCUUUGGCUGAGAAGCCCCACCUGUCCGACCUCCCCCCGAAACCCCUCCUCAAAGACCUGCCCCCCAAACCCCAGCUCAGCGACAGCCCUCGUCCUGCCCCUGUUGUUACGGAGAUACAAGGAUCCAAGGUGGUGGUGGCGGAGAGCCAGUCGUCUGUCCAGCAGAGGGAGGGGUCACCUGGACCCACAGGUGAAGAGGACAAUGAGUUGGUGCAGGGAGCCAUGGAGAUGCCUGUCCCUCUCCCGAGGAAGAUCAAUUCUGUGAAGAGUAAAACCAGACGAGUGAAAACCAUCUAUGACUGUCAGGCCGACAAUGACGACGAGCUCACCUUCACCGAGGGGGAGGUCAUCAUCGUCACCGGGGAGGAGGACCAGGAGUGGUGGAUCGGACACAUUGAAGGACAGCCGGAGAGGAGAGGAGUCUUCCCCAUGUCCUUCGUUCACAUCCUCUCUGACUGACAACCAUGACACCAGUGUGCGGCCACGCCCACUGAUAUGAGCUCCGCCCCCUGCUAAGGUCACACAGGCGACGGUGGGCGGAGUCAGUCAGUCAGUGAGUGACCUGACCCACGGGAAAACCGCCAUGGUCAUCGACGUCCUCGCUGUAAAUAGACAUUAUCCUGCUCAGUGUUACCAUAGCAACCCAGCAUCCCAGCAUGCCGACCCAGGUGGGCCGUAGCACGAGGUCUGAAGAGAAGGAAAACACACAGGUGAGGGGUGAGAGGUCAGAGAGCAGCUGGCACUGCCCUCUGCUGGCAGAGCAGCUCAUUACACCAGCAGCCACAAACACAAGCACAAGAAACCCGAGUGAGAGUCUGAGUCAGCUGAGACCACAUCAACCCUCAUCCUCUGGUUCAGACCAGGCUGUGGUCCAGACUGAGGUGACUAACAGAACCUCAGCUUCAGACUCUGAGCAGCUGAAUAUUUUCUUUCUGAGACAAACUGCAGUCUAAUUGAUGUGCUGCUCCCUGCUGCAGACUGCUGCUCUCUGCAGACUCAGUCCAGGUCCUGGUUCACAGACUCUGACGUCCCCGCAUUCACAGAGAAACAGGACGAACAGGAAGGUCUGGACUCAGGAGAGGUUUGAUGUAGAGCAGGUCUCAGAUCAGUUUCAGUGUGACUUUUCCUUCUCUUCGGAUUCUCAGACUCUUUCCAAAGCCGACUGUACGCUCUACUGUAUCUACUGUAUCUGUCUGUACCUGAUCAGGUCCUGAUUAACCCAGGUUCAUCUCUCUGAGUCUUUACGUCUCCAAAUUUUUCUUUACAAACUGGAAAGCGUUGUCUCAGUUAAAUCCAUGAGACAAUUGUUAAGUUUAAAAAGUCCCAGAAUGCAUUGCUGUAAUAAACAUAUAAAUCAGAGGAUCCAGGAUGGAUUCCUGUGAUUCACCAGAAAACCAGAUGUCUCCAGACUCAAACAUUAAGACUGAACCUAAAACCUGCAGUUUGUGCCGUGGUGUUGUUUUAAAUCAGGGAGAGUGUGUUCAGCACCACAUGAAGGAUCUGUGAGGACCUGAAGCUGGAAACUGUUUGUAUGGUUACUUAUAUUUAUUAAUGAUUCAUAUAUCACCUGUGUCAUUUAACCUGCUCAGUGUUAAUGUGAAGAGCUGAAGGUUUCCCUGAACAACACAGACUCAGGAUACAGUUUGAAAGGAACUGUCCAACAUUUAUUCUUCUCCAGAGUCACAUGAUUCACAUCAGUUCAUCGCUGUUGUUAGCCUAGCUUAACACAAAGACUGGAUCAGAAUUCUCCUUCUGAUUUAGCUUCAUGUUGAUUUUGGUUGUAACAGAAAAUGUUGUAUAUUCUAGCUCCCAGCUGAAUUGAAGCUGCAACUUGUGUAUAGAAAUCUUAAAUAUUUCCUGCCCAGUAUGCAUGAUUAGAGGCUGUAACAUUAACCAGACAGAGCUCUCAUUUGUUCAGUAUUUUACACAACAAAAUAAUCAAUAAGAAGCAGCCAUACAACCUAUCAAACUGAAGAGACAACAUUUCACUGCAGCUCUAAUAUUCAGUGCUGCAGUUUGCUAAUGUUAGCUUGAAGCUCAAACAUGAAACAGGAGCCAGAUAAAGCAGGAAAAAAUGCAGAGUUUAUCAUAGUAACUUAAAGGUGUAAGUUAGCUACUUAGCAUAACCUUUCAAUGACAGUAGCCUGAGUGUCCUGUCACACCAGGAAGUGACUCAGUAAAAUAAUUCUAAUUACUACUGUGGGUAUUGUAACUCAAGCGCUAACUGCUAACAUGCUAGGUCGUGGUUAAUAUCGUUGCUAACGGGUUUACAAACUGCCAGUUAACAAGAUAACUAGCUAGCUAAAAAGAAAUACACAUUAAAGCUGAACUCGUCGAAAGUUUCGCUUCAUUUCUGAGGUUACAGGUGGAGCUGAAGGUGAAGGUGUGACCGAGCACUGAUCAUGUUCAUCAAAUUAAACACCUUCCUCUUCUUUCAGUCCAUUCACCUACCUGUCCAUUACACAGGUGGAGGGAAAGUUGAUGAGGGUUUGUUGAACUGUGUGAUUCAGGCUAAACAGCCACAGUAACUCAUCUGAUUCAUCCCGUCAUUUGUAUUUAAAGGAACAGUCCGACAUUUUUCUCAGGUCAGUGUCAUCUCUAUGUCCAUGUUAGCCUCGCUUAGCACAAAGACUGGAAGCAGGGGAAAACUGUUAGCCUAGCUUGUAACUCAAAUAAAACCAGUUUAUGUGACAAACAAAAGAAUUUGACUAAAUGUGCGACUGAAGUUUGAACAUGAAGCUCAGUGCGUUCACCAAAGACUCAGCAACAUGUUAGUGAACUGUCUCAUUACUAAAUAACCUGUCAUUUUCAGAUUAUUUCAUAUACAAACUGUUUGAAACAUUAUGAAACAGUUUGUUGUGAUUCAGACGUAGUUUUCAGAUAAACUGAGUUAAUGAAUCCCAGACAACGUCUCUUCUCUUCGGUGAACACAAUGUUGAUGUUGUUUUAAAUAUACUGAACUGAUGACAUGAUGAAAUGCAAAAUCUGCAGUUUAAUGUGUUUUAUUCAGAGUUUGUGUUGGAGGAGCAGCGACAGAAUAAAACUGAUGACUUUUAUUAAAACUGUCCUUAAAGCUCAGAUAUGUUUCUAUAAACUGAAGGUCCUGCUGUUUUUUUAUUUUUAUUUUGUUUUAUUGUGAAAUAUGACCUGAUGGAACAGACGUCAGUUUGAACUGGACUGAACAGGACUGAACUGGAUCAGCGCACAGGGACCAGGAGGAAACCACAUCACCAAUAAAGAUCUGAGAUGAAGUCAGUUUGUUUUCUGUCUGAAAAGAUGUCAAAGAAAACUUUAUUUUCAGUUAAAUCACUCACUGUCUGUUUCAGUUUCUGAAUGUGAUUAUCAUCAGUGUUUUCAUCAAUAUGCAGACAAACAGCACAGAUCAGCUGAUAGACUGGAAACUAUUUAUCAAUGAUGUCAGUGUAGUUUAUAAAGUAAUCUAUUACUGUCAUCUGUUUCAAACAAAAUGGGACAAAAACCACCACUGAGCUAAAUCUGACUUUAUAUAAUAAUUCAUAUUAAACCUGGUGAAUUAAAGUUCA